GUGAUUCCAGUCGACACGCGAGUGGAGUAGAAGAAGUGACGUACUUCCGCCUUGAGCUGAGUCCCCGCCGGUCGAUGUUGCUGUUGCCGGAGAAAAUAGUAAUAAUCCCAGCGAGCGCGUGUUGUAGAAGUUAACAUCGACGCAAAAGUAGCGAUUAAAACUCCGUUUACGUAAAAAAGUAAGCUAAGCCGUAACGGUGCUAUCUUUUUGUCUGAAGAAGUGGUAUGGCUAAGGUGCAGGUACUUAAUGUCGCUGUACUGGACAACCCGAGUCCGUUUGGGAAUCCUUUUCAGUUUGAAAUCACGUUUGAAUGCAUGGAAGAUUUACCCGAAGAUCUGGAGUGGAAGAUCAUCUAUGUUGGAUCAGCUGAGAGUGAAGAGUAUGACCAGGUUCUGGACUCUGUUUUGGUGGGCCCAGUCCCAGCUGGCAGACACAUGUUUGUGUUUCAGGCCGAUGCUCCAAACACGGGUCUCAUUCCAGAGACGGACGCUGUAGGAGUCACCGUAGUCCUUAUAACCUGCACCUACUGCGGUCAAGAGUUCAUCCGCAUUGGUUACUAUGUCAACAAUGAGUACACGGACCCGGAGCUACGAGAAAACCCACCUCUGAAACCAGACUACUCCAAGCUGCAGAGGAACAUUUUGGCCUCUAACCCCCGAGUCACUCGCUUCCAUAUCAACUGGGAGCGUCUGGCAGAGAAGUCUGAAAACAGCGAGAACGUGGACCCAUCUCCCAACAUCGGCGGUAUGCUCCCUCCAGCCUCCUGUCUACCAGGAAAGAUGCCACCUCUUGGACUAAUGCCAGACAAUUCCAUGGACUGCAUGUAAGAACGCUCGGAUGAGUUCUACCGCCCAGCACUUCUCACCUGUGUACAAUCCAACACAACAAAUGCUCAGUGUGACCGAGAACUAGGAGGAAAAAAAGACACGGAGGUACAACACACAAAUGCACACAACUGAUCAUGACAGGUUUCCACCAUAAUUGAUACCAUUUGUCAUAAGUGAGAUAGUGAAUGUGUAAGUUAAUAGUUAGUACAUGCAUACCUCCAGAUUCCUCCAAAACUACUACAAUUGCCGUUUGACCCUCUUCAGAAAAAUGCUGACUAUCAGAAUUCCCUCUUUGAAUGUUUUGAGCCAAAUGCACAGUAGGUCCCUCACGACCAGACGGCUUUUGCGUAAUAAAACAUGUUACCUCAGUAGAUGCCUCUCAGAACGUGACACAUCAA